UUUUCUUUUUGUCUUUUUUUUCCUCAUUUUUGUUUUUCUUUCUUUUUUUUCCACAUCAUUUCCCUUUCCUCAUUUCCCUCGCUCAACGAGCCCUAAUCCGAUAAUAUUUCCGUUUCGAUCAUUCGAUUGAUCGAUUUUUAGCUGCAAAUCAAGCAAAAAAUGCUGAAUCAGAGAUUUAAGCAACAGCAGCAUCAGGCGUUGAUGCAGCAAGCGCUUCUUCAGCAGCAGUCGCUCUACCAUCCAGGCCUCUUAGCUGCUCCGCAGAUUGAGCCAAUUCCUAGUGGAAAUCUGCCUCCCGGGUUUGAUCCAACCACAUGCCGCAGUGUGUAUGUUGGGAACAUUCAUAUACAGGUGACAGAACCACUUCUUCAAGAAGUUUUUGCAAGUACUGGUCCGGUUGAGAGCUGCAAGCUCGUUAGAAAAGAAAAGUCAUCCUAUGGGUUCAUUCAUUACUUUGAUCGCAGAUGUGCUUCACUUGCAAUAAUGACUCUUAAUGGAAGGCACUUGUUUGGGCAGCCUAUCAAAGUUAACUGGGCAUAUGCUAGUGGUCAGAGGGAAGACACAUCAAGCCACUACAACAUUUUUGUUGGUGAUCUCAGCUCUGAGGUUACUGAUGCCAUGUUGUAUGCAUGCUUUUCUGUUUAUUCUAGUUGUUCUGAUGCAAGGGUUAUGUGGGACCAAAAGACUGGCCGUUCUAGGGGGUUUGGAUUUGUCUCCUUCCGCAACCAGCAGGAAGCUCAAAGCGCGAUAAAUGAUUUAACUGGAAAAUGGCUCGGUAGCAGGCAGAUACGCUGUAACUGGGCCACAAAGGGUGCUGGUACCACUGAUGAAAAGCAGAAUUCGGAUGCUAAAAGUGUUGUGGAACUAACAAACGGCUCUUCUGAGGAGGUUAAGGAGGCAGCAAGCACUGAUGCCCCCGAGAAUAACCCUCAAUACACCACUGUGUAUGUCGGUAAUCUUGCUCCAGAAGUAAGCCAGGUUGACCUCCACCGCCACUUCCAUGCACUUGGUGUGGGAUCAAUUGAAGAAGUUAGGGUGCAACGUGAUAAAGGAUUUGGCUUUGUGAGGUACAGCACCCAUGCAGAGGCUUCUGUCGCCAUUCAAUUGGGAAAUGCUCAGUCAUAUCUUUGUGGCAAACAAAUUAAGUGUUCAUGGGGUAACAAACCAACACCGCCUGGAACUAGCUCAAACCCACUCCUUCCACCUGUACCUGCACCGCUGCACGGCUUAUCUGCUGCAGACCUGUUAGCAUAUGAGCGGCAAAUGGCCAUGAGCAAGAUGGGUGGUGUCCCUGCCCUCAUGCCUCAUCAGGGUCAGCACGCUCUAAAGCCAGCAGCGAUGGGAAUGGGUGCAGGCGCUAGUCAGGCCAUCUACGAUGGUGGCUAUCAGAACAUAGCUGCCGCCCAGCAGCUUAUGUACUACCAGUGAUCUGUUGAGAUUUGAUAUACGUAAUGUAGAAUGUUCCGGCCUCUAUGGGGUCCGGCCCUGUGUUGAGUUGUCAACAUUUUCUAGGAUGUGUAAAAUCUUUGUUUGCAGUUUGUGCAUUGUGUUGAGUUAUCAGCUGCUUAUGUACUGCCAGUAAUAUCUAUGUAUGUUUGGAUUCUUGUAGGAAUGAACAGUAUGGUAUAUUUGCGAAA